CAUGGCCCACAAGCCUGGCGCCUGGCAUUCUGGGCUCCUCAACUGUUCAUAUGGCUCCAUUUCGGCAUAUACCUGGUUGGAACCAUAAAGGACACGGGUGGCCCAUCGAUGCUCCCCCUUCUCCCGGUGUCGGACAGUGCGGUUUGGAUCUCGAGGAAAUAUCGAAGGGGGAGAGGCAUUCAAGUUGGCGAUGUUAUCAGCUUCGCCCACCCGAUAGGCGACUACAAUGCGAUUAAACGUGUUGUCGGGAUGCCUGGCGAUUUCGUUCUGCGAGAUACGCCUGGGGAAGGAGAGGGUAUGAUGAUUCAGGUGCCUCGUGGCCAUUGUUACGUUGUCGGGGACAACCUACCGUGGUCAAGGGAUUCGCGCAUGCUCGGUCCGAUCCCUCUAGCACUAAUUCAAGGGAAAGUCAAUGCUACACUCUGGCCGUUUACAAGAAUCGGUCGCGUCGAAAAUGGAUUAGCUCCUGCUUUA